AUGGAAUCGAUGGAAAGUAUGAAAUUUUGAUCACAUUUUGUGUAAUAGUGAAAACCUCUUCUUUUAGCUGUACAAAUAAAGGGAAAGUACUCGAAAAGCGGGUGCACAUUUUCUUGAAUUUCUCCAAUGGCCACUCCGGGUGGUUUCAGGUCUUCUGUUUUCUUCCUUGUUGUUCUUCUUCAGGUGCUCUCCGCCGCCUCCGCCGCCGCAGGAUCAUUCUGGAGUGUGAAGUAUCUGCCAGGAUUUUCAGGGCCUCUUCCAUUUGAACUCGAAACUGGAUACGUGGGUGUGGGAGAUUCGGAGGAAGUUCAGAUGUUCUAUUACUUUGUGAAGUCCCAAGGAAAUCCCCGAACCGAUCCUCUAAUGACAUGGUACAUCGGCGGUCCAGGUUGCUCUGCACUCUGUGGCUUUGCCUUGGAAAUUGGCCCUCUAAACUUCAAGAUAGAGCCAUACAAUGGAAGCUUACCUCAAUUAAUCUUGAAUCCCCAUACAUGGACUAAGAAAGCGAAUAUACUUUUUAUAGAUACGCCCGUGGGCACUGGAUUUUCAUACGCUCAAACUCCACGAGGUUUGAAGAAAGGAGAUGUACUACAAAUUGAACAAAAUCAUCAAUUUUUGCGGAAGUGGCUGGCUGAUCAUCCAGAAUUCAUUCGUAACCCAUUUUAUGUUGGUGGUGGCUCAUAUUCUGGUAUGAUUGUUCCCUCUCUUACUCAAGCAAUCUCAGAAGGUAAUAGCCAUGGCUUCCCAAUUAUAAACCUUCAGGGAUACAUAGAGGGCAAUCCUUUCAGUGUGCAUAAAACAAAUGAUAAUUAUAAGAUUCCAUAUGCUCAUAGGAUGUCCUUCAUCUCUGAUGAACUAUACGAGUCAUUGAAAAGCAGCUGCAAAGGAGAAUAUCUUAAUGUUGAUCCAACUAAUGUGGAGUGCAUCAAACAUGUAUCCGCUUACCAAAAGUGCGUGAGUAGAAUCAACACGGGGAAUAUUUUGAAGCCUCAUUGUGAGGAUGCUACUAAAGUGACGGAAGCUGCUACGUUUAAUGAUGCGAGGAGAUCCCUCUACAAUGCUUCUGAACAACAGUUUCUUUCUCCCGGAGUGUUGCCUUCGAUUCCUCUCGAGUGUGAUGAGUACGCGUUUUACCUCAGUUAUUAUUGGGCUAAUGACGAUCGAGUUCGAAAAGCUCUCCAUAUACGUGAGGGAACGAUUGGAGAAUGGUUUAGAUGUCAAAGUACAAAAGAUUACCAGUAUGAUUUCGUAAGUAUGGUUCCUUAUCAUAUGAAUCUUAGCUCUAAGGGCUACAAGUCUUUGAUUUUUAGCGGGGAUCAUGAUAUGGAGGUGCCGAUUUUAGACACCGAAGCAUGGAUCAAAUCUCUAAAUUAUCCUCUUAUUGAUGAAUGGAGGCCUUGGUUUAACGAGGAGGAUCAAAUUCUUGGGUACACGAGGACUUAUGCAAACAACAUGACAUUUGUAUCCAUAAAAGGAGGAGGACACACACCACAAACCAUGCAGAACCAAAGUGGCAUAAUGUUUAGUAGAUGGAUAGCUGGAGAUCCCUUAUAAAAUGUUUAAAAAACUAUGUGAUUUAGUUAAUUCAAUGUUAAUUGAUUCUCAGUCACGUAUCGAUGAAUAAUAAUGAAAUUUUAUUGAUAUCCA